UCUCUCUCCUGUUUACAUAUAUGCACAUGAAUUUGGCCAAGCCUAUAACUCGCUUACUCUCUCUCUAGAAGUGACUUGCGGUUGACGAUCUCUCUAGGAUUCUAGAGGUUAUUACCAGUUGGUUUGUGUUGAAUUCUGUUGAGGGCACCUCUUACACACUGAUUCCUUCAUCUUCUCUCGGUGUCAGCCAUGGCUGCUACUCUACCUGCUUGGUUUCUCGCUCUUCUCUUUUGUUGUAUUCUCUCUCGAGGUUACGAUUUUAAUCCUUAUGAAGAAUGCGCUCCUGUCAAUUGCUCGGGCAUCAAUAUACACUUCCCAUUCUCUGCUGCUUCCAGUCCAGAGCUAUGUGGACUCUUCAAAAUUGAUUGUGGAGGGUUAAGCUCCCCAACCACUAUCAAAUUCCUGGACAAAUCGUAUGAUGUUAAGAACAUAUCCUACCCUGAGCGCACUAUCAAUAUCACUGCUCCCUUAUCUGAUUUCUUUGACAAUGGGAAAUGUAAUUAUUUCCUUCACAAAAUUACCCUUCCAGACCACAUCGAGGGUUUCCAUCUUCUUUCCUCCUAUGUUAAUAUCAGCAUCUUCUACAAUUGUGAUACUCACUCUUCCUUCAAUAACCAAGAAACCAUUUGGGCCUUUAAAGGGUGCGAGAAGAACCAGGAGAUUUAUUACACUGAUAAACAAGAAAUAGUAAAUAAUUUAACUCCUCCAUCUGCUUGUUCUUGGAUUCAGUAUCCUGUGCUAGAAUCCAGUCUUAAGGCUAUGAAACAUGUCAAUAGAUCCUGGACCCUUCUGGAGCUUUUAAAGGAGGGUAUUGCCCUUCAAUGGGAGCAAUUUCCUUCAGAGUGCUCAAAUUGCACUAGUUCUGGUGGCCGCUGUGCGUUGAAUGCCACUGAUAGAAGGACGACUGCUUGUUACUGCAAGGAUGGGGAAGCUUGUGACAGCGGUAUUUUAAUUACAAUUACAAUGGGAGCAAUACUUAUAACAAUAGCAAUUAUUAUGAUGUCCAAAGGAAUAAUUAAAAUGUCCAAAGGAGUAGAGGGCCAGAAUGUUGAGGAGUUCCUUAGGAAUUAUGAAAAUGAAAUGCCCACAAGAUACUCAUACAAGGAUAUCAAAAAAAUGACCAACAACUUCAGGGAAAAGUUAGGUCAAGGAGGGUUUGGAACUGUAUACAAAGGUAAGCUCAUUGACGGGCGCCUCAUUGCGGUAAAGGUGCUAGCAGAGCCAAAGGGUAGUGGUGAAGAAUUUAUUAAUGAAGUUGCAACCAUUGGCCGUAUACACCACAUAAAUGUGGUUCGCCUUCUUGGUUUCUGUGCUGAUGGUUGGAAAAAAGCUCUUAUAUAUGACUUCAUGCCCAAUGGCUCUCUCGAAAGAUUCAUUUUCUUUGACAAACCGCGAAGCCAUUGCCUCCAUUGGGAAACACUGUAUAAAGUAGCACUUGGUACGAGUCGUGGGCUCGAAUAUUUGCACCGUGGUUGUGAAACUCGCAUACUCCAUCUCGAUAUCAAGCCUCAUAACAUUUUGUUGGAUGAAGACUUUUGCCCCAAGAUUUCUGAUUUUGGUCUCGCAAAGCUAUACUCCAAUAAACAAAGUGUAAUAUCACUAACUGGUGCUCGAGGAACGAUUGGUUACAUGGCUCCUGAAGUAUAUUCAAGAUCAUUUGGGGUUGUUUCACAUAAAUCCGAUGUGUAUAGCUUUGGAAUGUUGCUCUUGGAAAUGGUUGGUGGGAGAAAAAAUUUUGAUCAACAAGCUAAUUCUAGUGAAGUAUACUUUCCAGAUUGGGUGUAUUCUCGCCUUGAAUGUGGAGGAGAUCUUGAAGUGGGAGAUAUCAAAGGAGAGGAAAAAGAAAUGGCAAAAAGGAUGAUGGUAGUUGGUCUUUGGUGCAUACAAAUCAACCCAACGGACCGUCCAAGUAUAACCAAGGUGGUUGAAAUGCUUGAUGGUAACUCGCAAACUUUAGUUUUGCCUCCUAAGCCUUCAUUCUCUUCUCCAAAGAAGAGAUCUUCCCUCGAGUCAGAUUCUGGCCAUACAGAAAUGUCCAUAUUGUGAUAAAGGCGUAAUAAUCCUUGGAGGUAUAAACCUUUUUUCUAGGAGAGAGAGAUUUGAAAUUUUGAAUUACAUAAAAUCUUGUCAUUAUUUCAAAUCCAACUUGUAAUUGACCACGGUUUUCACAGGUGAACAAUAAUGUUAUGGGCCAACAACCACUCUCCCUCCUCUUCUACCCUAACUUUCACCAAUGCUUUCACUGAAUAAGGUGACCCGUUGGUUAAAUAUUAAUUUGUAGAGUUUUCCUAAUCUUUUAGUUUAAAUAAAGCUUUCUAUUUUUGUUUUCUUUUAUAGCUUAUUUUUCUGUUCAUUAUGGAGCAUGGUGGUGAGCCUCCUUGGAUUUCAAAGCAACUAAUACUAUUAUCCUUUUAUUAGGAAAUGAUCAAUGCAUCAUUGCCCUUUUAUUAGCAAUAUUUAUUUUAAGGAGAAGUAUGAAAAGAGACCAUUUACUUUUAAUACAAGGAGAUCAUAAA